AUGUAUGUGGAACACCUGCGUGAAGAUGUGAUUCCUACAGCUUGUACCAGUCUCCUCAAUUUGGUGGUGACGACCCUCGUAAAUACGAGCAACAAGGGACCAUCUGGUAAAAAGAAAGGUCGGUCUAAGAAGGCUCAUGUGCUGGCUGCUUCAGUAGAACAAGCGACUCAGAACUUUUUGGAAAAAGGAGAGCAGAUUGCAAAGGAGAGCCAGGAUCUGAAAGAGGAGCUGGUCGCUGCUGUGGAGGAUGUGCUCAAACAAGGUGAGACGAUGAGAAUUGCUUCGUCAGAAUUUGCCGAUGACCCCUGUUCUUCUGUCAAACGUGGCACUAUGGUUCGGGCGGCCCGAGCACUGUUAUCAGCCGUCACUCGCCUGCUCAUCCUGGCUGACAUGGCAGAUGUCAUGAGGCUUUUGUCUCACCUGAAAAUUGUGGAAGAAGCUUUAGAAGCUGUGAAGAAUGCCACAAAUGAACAAGACCUUGCAAAUCGCUUCAAAGAAUUUGGAAAAGAGAUGGUCAAACUUAACUAUGUAGCUGCUAGAAGGCAACAGGAACUAAAGGACCCCCACUGCAGGGAUGAAAUGGCCGCUGCCCGGGGCGCCCUGAAGAAGAAUGCCACAAUGCUCUACACAGCUUCUCAAGCUUUUCUUCGCCAUCCUGAUGUAGCUGCAACCAGGGCCAAUAGGGAUUAUGUCUUCAAGCAAGUUCAGGAGGCCAUUGCUGGCAUCUCCAAUGCUGCUCAAGCCACCUCGCCCACCGAUGAGAACAAAGGCCACACUGGCAUUGGCGAACUUGCUGCAGCUCUGAAUGAGUUCGAUAACAAGAUCAUUUUAGACCCCAUGACAUUCAGCGAAGCCCGAUUUCGACCGUCUCUUGAAGAGAGGCUGGAGAGCAUCAUCAGCGGUGCAGCGCUCAUGGCAGACUCCUCCUGCACACGUGAUGACCGGCGGGAGAGGAUUGUUGCGGAGUGCAAUGCUGUACGCCAGGCCCUCCAAGACUUGCUGAGUGAAUACAUGAAUAAUGGGUCCCUGUGCAUCGGCCACAUAGGGGAUUCAACACGGGACGUCUGGAUGAACUCAGCUGGCUGUUCAGGAAGAAUGGGUGCCAAUUAUGACCCUUUGCGUUAUCCUCUCUUGUUGGAAAUGGAGGCUUUGAUUCCCCCCCCCCAGUCAUUUCUUAGGGAAAAGUGUGUGUCAGUUUUCCUUCUCAUUCCGAUGUGUGCGUGUGUGUGUGUAUGCGUUUGGGAGAGAGGAGCGUUCUGCUGUUGAUGGCCGGCUGAUGCUUGUUGUUGCCACGCACAAACCAAGUCAGGCUGUUGCAGAUACAACCGGGUUCAUGCAUGACCGGCUGCUGUUUGGGGGCGGGGGUCUUCUUAACUCCUCUGCAUUGUAACCCUAAUAAUGUACAGUAUUUAGCACAGGCUCUCCCUCAUGGCAUUUUUGGUGACCAAAAAUAAAUAA